GCUGGCUGGAUGUUUUAACAUUUCGCCGUUACUACCAAUGAGAUUUUCAAACAUAAUCCAAAAGGAAAUAGUGCAGUUAUUUCAAGAAUGACGGAAAAAAGCUCAAGAAAUUUUCGCAUAUAUCUCGACCUACAUUCUUUUUUCGACGACCAUCGGCGCGCGGCUGUGAUAUUUGUUACCAAAAAUAUCAAAACCAUCCUCGAUUUGCAAAACCGAAUUGCUCUCAUCUUUCAAAUCGAAGGCUUUUAUUUAUGCGUCACAGACCGUUUUUUGCCGCCGUCCGAAGACGUGCGUGUUUUGGAAACAGAUCAGAUUGUCAGGGUUAUGCGGGAUCAUACGAAAACUGAGGCAACGCCGAAGAAAAAAAAGCAUAAAGAAAAGAAUAAUGUCCUCUAUGAAACAUUGUUUCCUAAAAAACAUCCUCUGUCUCCUAAAAACUCUCAAGAAGAGAUGGAGGUUCCUAAAAAGAGAACAAAGAAAAUCCCUCAAAAUUGUGAUUCAACUGUGGACAAGGGCUCUAUCGGCGAGGCUGUUUCGAAAAAACCACCCAAACAAAUCGUGCAGGAAGUAAGUUUGCCCAAAAAGGAAGAAACCAGUCCCAAAAGGGAACAUUUGAAAAUAAACACUCUAUUGCCUGUGCUGCAAACCCAUAUCAAUGGCUGCAACAACAUAGGUAGGUCAAAAACCUACGAUUUCGUUAGGUUAUCGCAUCUGGCAGACACCCCUAUAUGUCCUUCUCCGUCUCAACCGGUGCCCACGAUCACUGACAAGUACUUGGAGAAGAAAACGGUCAAUAUCGUCAAGAUUGACAUAAUCAAGAAAGGAAACGUUAGUUUAUCCGUAAAUGAAACGCAACUGGCCGAAUCUCCGGAAGUAAACGGAUUUCAAACGCCUCCAAACUACGUAAAAACGGCGGUCAAACGUAUAGAGGAGAGGGAAUCUCCGAAGGAGAGCGUGGAGAAUUGUAGGGGGUCGGUAAAAAAUGAAGACAGCUUCGUGAAGCGAGCAUCAGAUCAAGAGACCGUAGUUAUUGACCCGGAAGUGGAUGAUUUAAGCAUCGCGCAUUCAAUUUCAGAAGAUGGAGUGAAGAAAGUCGAAGAAACUAUAGUUAUUGAUAAAGAACUACCUCCAGUUGAGUAUUCCACUCCAGAAGACGGGGUGAAGAAAGAAACUCAAUCGGUGACAUCGGCAGUGUCCCCGAGUAAUUUCUUUUAUACCCAACGCACCUUAUCCGGCUUGGGGACGCUUCUGGGCAACUUAGUGGAAAGCGAUUCCUUAGUGUCGGCCGAUAGCAACACUGACGACCGGUUCGUGACCAAAAGGGUGAGGAAACGCGUAAGGAGGCACAAAAAUAAAAAAAAUUCUCUAGAAGUUACGGAACUCAACCCCCCCGUUCCUGAGCCGUUGAAAACCCAGGCGCGUCCGAAAAUUCACAUUAAGUUUUCCGAAGAGGGUGACUCGCAGCCUGGAAGGGAAAGUGUAGUGUUGGUUAGCGACGAGGAACCCGGGGUGGCGUUGAAGGGCGACGAGUUCCUGUUCCAGGACGAGAACAUCCAGAGAGCUCCCCUCAUGACCAACAUGCAGCCCAAGAUGGGAGAUAUUGUCGCAUUCAAGAUUUUGAGGCUCUCGGAAAGCUACACCCCACAAAUCUCGGAACACAUAGUCGGCAGAAUUGAAGCGUUGCAAGACGAAAGGGCGAGGUUCCGGAUUUUAAGAGGUGCAGAGCAGUGUUCUCUACCAGUGGGUAAGCUCUCUUUACUCUCGGACGAGGACCCGCAGUUGAAGUCAGCCGAUGUUCAAGAGUUGGAUUGGGGCCAGAUUAUAGAACCCAGACUGCUUUUUCCUUAAAGUACCACUUGGUUUUCUUGUGAUAUAUCAAUCAAUCGUUGGUCUAUAAAUUUAGCUAUUAAGUAUGUUAAUUUCUUGUGAAAGUUACCCUGUUAUUGUGGACAUUGUUCCUCAUUAUAUGUAAUUUGCCAUUUUUGUAUUUACAAAAAAAAAUUGGUUCAAUAAAUAAUUAACUAUCAGAACUCGC